AAAGGCACAGAGAACCCGUAUCAGCCUGUACGCCAAUGCGCAGCCGGAUCGAUCGAUGCUGACAUCCAUUUUGUUUUGUGCUCCGGCACCACAUCCGACGGCGGUGAUCCGGCCAUCCCCGGCUACCGAGCACCUUCACCGGAUGACGGACCGAACGCUACGCCGCAGCAUUUCUCUGCUUCAUCUCCCUCUCCCUCUCCGCCACUUGCCAGCUUGGUGCACCAGGGCACAUCGCCUCUGUACAGCCCGGUAGACGAUGGCGUCACGACACGUUAUGCGGCUGCUCCAGCUAUAGUGACGAUUGAGGUCACCGGGACUGCCCUACUCUCUGAGAAUAAUGUUGCUAAGAUAAAAGAGCAUCUUGACUGGGUUGCCAUGGAUACUGAGCCAUGGAAUUGCAAGGACCUUACGCACAACGCGCAGACUAUCCUUGCUCAACGGUUCACGCAGCGGCUCGCAGACCCAUAUCUGAAGAGCUUCCUGCGCGCCCUCAUCACUGCAAGGUAUAAUGCAGUUUAUCAGCGAAAUGCCACGCAGCGUUAG